AAAGAUACUAACUUCCGCUCUGCUCUGAGUCGGGUCCUUUUCUGAGACCUAAGCCAACAUGGGCCGUGUAAGGACAAAGACCGUAAAGAAGGCUUCUCGGCUCAUCAUCGAGAAGUACUACACCCGACUGGGCAACGACUUUCACAUCAACAAGAGGGUGUGUGAGGAGAUCGCCAUCAUCCCCAGCAAGCAUCUGCGCAACAAAAUCGCAGGGUACGUGACCCAUUUGAUGAAGAGGAUCCAGAGGGGUCCGGUCAGAGGCAUCUCAAUCAAACUCCAGGAAGAGGAGAGGGAAAGGAGAGACAACUACGUCCCUGAGGUCUCUGCUUUGGAUCAGGAGGUCAUCGAGGUCGAUCCUGACACCAGAGACAUGCUGAAGAUGCUGGACUUUGGGAGCCUCUCCAAACUGCAGGUUUCUCAGCCAGCCGUUGGAAUGAACUUCAGGACACCCAGAGUAUAAUUCCAUCCAGUAAAAAAGGAAAUAAAGACAAGUCAAUUCUCAAAA